AUGCCGGCAGCGAAAAAGAAAGCGACAUAUAACUGGCGAGCAAGUUUCUUUUCUCCCCAUCUGGAGUUCCUGGGGCCGUGCCGCUUCGUGGUCCAAGGAGAAGGCGCGAUACUCGAGGCGGUGGGUGCGUUCGAGGAGCUGCGCGUCUCGGAGACACCCAAGGGUGCGCUCGCCACGGUGUCGGUGGGUGACAGCUUCGAGUGCCAUGUCCGCCUCAAGGAGGUUGCUUCCGCGUCGUUCGUCAGCAAGGAGAAGCCGGACGGCAAGGCCCUGCACAUCGUCAGGCUGCUUGACAAGGAGGGUGGGCCGCUGCUGUCUGCCAUCCUGCACGCCGGCCCCGACGGCUAUGAGGACGGGGCCGUGAGCUUCUUCGAGCGCCUGCGCGAGAAGUUCGGCGCGACCGUGGAUAUCACCGACGACCUCGAGGGAGAGGACUAA